UGUGUGUGUGUGUGUAAAAUGUUUGUGUGUAUGUGUGUGUGUGUGUAUGAAAAGAAAGAAAAAGGUUAAAACUGGCACCUUGGUUAUUUUAAUACGAAUAUUACAUGUGGCGUCUUUUAAUUCAACGCAAAACUGCAUGCUACGCUGGGUGCAUUUAUAUAGCCUUCUCCGGAUAAAAAAAAAAAAAAAACACGCCGCUUAAUGAAAUCUAUAGUAGAAUAUGACAGACCAGUAGCUACAGCAUUUCAUAGAAACAAAAAUCACGAUAUAUCCAAGUCUUAAAAAAAGAAAAAAAAAUUCACACUGGUAAGCGUCCAUUUUUGGAACGUACCAAAUGUACCAAUGCAUCGAGGGAGACCAGCGUCAGGUUCGCUGACUAAAUUAGUCCUUAUGACGGUUUUGUUUUGGAGUAUUUUAUGACUAAAAAUAAAUACUGAAAAUACUUUUAAUAACAUAUAUGAGUUUCUUAGUGUGUUGCAUGAAAUAGAUUUUUAAAAAUUGUUUACCUAUUUUUUUUUGAGUAGGUACGGUCCUUUUCCAGCGAGGACUGGGGUCCGUGCCGGUUGUAGUGCACAUGGUAUGCUGAGGAAAAAAUCCUUUAUUGUGGUUGUAAAAUCAAUCAUCAGUAUUUUUUUUACAUCUGAAUCGGCGAGACACGCCUUAAAUGCGGGAUACUGUUAUGGAGGACGAAGUUGAGUUUGAAGAAGGCGAGGAGCCUUCCUUUAGCGACCCGGAGGACUUUGAAGACGACAUCAGUGAUCAGGAGCUCCUGGAGGACGUCCUCCGAGAGAGACCUCAGGAGGCAGAUGGCAUCGACUCUGUCAUUGUGGUGGACAACGUUCCACAGGUUGGACCAGAGCGCUUGGAGAAGCUGAAAAAUGUCAUCCAUAAGAUCUUCUCUAAGUUUGGCAAGAUCACCAACGAGUUUUACCCUGAGGCUGAUGGCAAGACCAAGGGGUAUAUCUUCCUCGAGUAUACCUCCCCUGGCCAAGCCGCAGAAGCCGUGAAGAAUGCUGACGGAUACAAGCUGGACAAGCAGCACACCUUCCGGGUCAACAUUUUCACAGACUUUGACAAGUACAUGAACAUCAGCGACGAAUGGGAGACACCCGAGAAACAGCCAUUCAGAGACUUUGGGAACUUGCGGCACUGGCUGGAGGACCCUGACUGUCGUGAUCAGUACAGCGUGAUCUUUGAAUCUGGUGAAAGGACAGGAAUAUUCUCCAAUGACGUCAAAGAGCCAAUCUUGGUCGAGGAACGGCCGCGCUGGACAGAGACCUACGUCCGCUGGUCUCCCAAAGGUACAUACUUGGCCACGUUCCACCAGAGGGGUAUCGCAUUGUGGGGGGGGGAGAAGUUCAAGCAGAUCCAGAGGUUCAGCCACCAGGGCGUCCAGCUGAUUGACUUCUCACCCUGUGAAAGAUAUGUGGUAACCUUUAGUCCCCUGAUGGACACGAAGGAAGAUCCGCAGGCUAUUAUAAUCUGGGACAUCCUGACUGGACAGAAGAAGAGAGGCUUCCACUGCGAGAGCUCAACACACUGGCCUAUCUUUAAGUGGAGUCAUGAUGGAAAAUUCUUUGCCAGAAUGACCCAGGACACCCUCAGCAUCUAUGAAACACCAUCAAUGGGGCUUCUAGACAAGAAGAGUCUGAAGAUCAGUGGAAUAAAGGACUUCUCUUGGUCUCCAGGAGACAACAUCAUUGCCUUUUGGGUACCAGAGGACAAAGACAUUCCAGCAAGGGUCACUCUGAUGCAGAUGCCAUCCAGACAAGAGAUCAGAGUCCGCAAUCUCUUCAACGUGGUGGAUUGCAAAUUACACUGGCAGAAGAACGGUGACUACCUCUGCGUGAAGGUGGACCGGACCCCUAAGGGCACACAGGGUGUGGUCACCAACUUUGAGAUCUUCCGGAUGAGGGAGAAGCAGGUCCCUGUGGACGUGGUGGAGAUGAAGGAGAGCAUCAUCGCCUUCGCUUGGGAGCCCAAUGGCAGCAAGUUCGCCGUCCUCCAUGGCGAGUCGCCCCGCAUCAACGUGUCCUUCUACCACGUGAAGAAUAACGGCAAAAUCGAACUGAUCAAAAUGUUUGAUAAACAGCAAGCAAAUAGCAUCUUCUGGAGUCCUCAAGGCCAGUUUCUGGUGUUGGCUGGGCUAAGGAGCAUGAACGGUGCCCUGGCUUUCGUGGACACCUCGGACUGUACGAUCAUGAACAUCGCUGAGCACUACAUGGCUUCUGAUGUUGAGUGGGAUCCCACCGGCCGAUACGUGGUGACCUCUGUCUCCUGGUGGAGCCAUAAGGUGGACAAUGCGUUUUGGGUCUGGACAUUUCAAGGACGGCUCCUGCAGAAGAACAUCAAGGAUCGGUUCUGCCAGUUGCUCUGGAGGCCACGACCACCUACCCUUCUCAGUCAGGAGCAGAUCAAGACCAUCAAGAAAGAUCUGAAGAAAUACUCGAAGAUCUUUGAACAGAAGGACCGGCUGAGUCAGUCCAAGGCCUCUAAGGAGCUGGUGGACAAGCGCCGCACCAUGCAGGAGGAUUACCGGAAGUACCGUGAGGACGCAUUGAAGAUGUACCAGGAGCAGCGGCCCCUGCGCCUGCAGCUCCGGGGAGGUGUGGACACGGAUGAUCUCGACAGCAACGUUGACGACUGGGAGGAAGAGACGAUUGAGUUUUUCAUCAACGAAGAAAUCAUUCCCAUUGGAGAUCUGGCGUAGUCCAUUAAAUCUGACUUCGAAGUGCUCAGUUGCAUCGUGGAGGAGAAGGGUCUGGGAUCUGACGUCUGACCCUGUUGGUUCAGCACAGUGCUUGUGCCUUUUAAUACUGCGGUGAGAGGAUCUUGAGCUACAGUCUUGCUUUUUCUGACAUCUUUCCUGAACUGAGACCCCCCCCCCCCUUUUAAUUUCUGGUCAUUGUAGUGGAGAAGUGGGCCACAUGGCCGCGUGUACCGAGGCCUGGUGGGGACAAUCUCCAUGCCCGGGGAUCACGACAGGGGUCUGUGUGAAUUUUAGUGUGCGGAAACAGCACUACCGCUGCCUUUAUCCUCCCCCUUUCAGGUUACCUGCUAUUAAAUGUGCAACAUGGCAAUAAAGUCAGUCGAAUCCACCCAGACCUCAGCCUUCUGUUCUUAUUUAAGACCUUUCUGCGAUGCUGCUAAAAUUAAGACCCCUUAAAUCUCUAUUCGCUGUCACUUUUCUCCAUUUUCUCUCACUUUCACAUUAGCUGAAAUUAAGUGUAACAUGGCAAGUUAAAAUUGAAUGGUUUACCCUCAACGUUUGUGUUUACGGGGUCACUGUGGCCAACCUCUAAUUGCACGUGCAGACAGGUGGGUUUCAGCGACGGGUGUAUUACGACUUUCUUAUGCUGACUGACUUAGUAAGUAGGUCACUUCAGCUGUUUCCCAUGGGCCUUUGCUGUCCUAGACCUUGGAGAUUUCUUCGUUCACUUCGAAAGUGGGAUCGUAGGAUGGCGAUGUGUACAUUCGCUUUUGGCAUGAAGGUAACCUCCCCGUGGCUAUAUUAGGACUUGCUGAAGGUGCAGUUUUCUGCAUUUAACCAGAAGCUGUUGUAUAGACUGGAAUCCAGAUGCAGAAGGCAAAAGUCCUUAAAGAACGUGCAUGUAGAGGCGGGCUUUCAUUGGCUGGUCUCUGUAGGCACUGGGUAUCCAUUGGCUCAGAAGAGGAAAAAAAGGAAUGAUGGGGGAAAUCCAGGUCCACAAAUACUGAAAGCGCCAAAGGAAGCUGACGUUUCCUGCAACUGCAACAGCCGUGCUAAAUUGACUGAUGGGCACAAGCGGAGCUUCUCCUCGCCUUACAUAAUGGGCGGUCUGAAUUUCAAACUUAAGAUAGUAAGAGUUUGACAGGAAUGUAAACGCAUGUCAGAGGGAAAGAGAUGUGAGGGGAUGCGUGGAUAAUGGUUACAAAGGGCUAACGUGACGUUAAGUAAACGUGACAUUUACGUUUCUUUUUUUACUUUCUAGUUUGGUACAUUCUGCCACCUUUCGGAAAAUCAAAGGAAAUUUGGCAUAUCAGGGGAUGGAAAUGCGAUAAAUGUAAAGGUCAGGUCUGCUCUGACUGUGUCAGAAAGCAGUUUCAGUUUUGCUGUUUUUUUAAUGGGCUUGGUUUUAUACAUAGGCUUUGAGCUUCUGAGCUUGGUAAUAUUUAAUGAGAUUACUUUGUUUUUGCAAAAACACAUUAAAGUUUCACUCCAGAGGAGAAAAUUAAUCUGUGAUUUGUACCCAGAUAGCCCGAAGUUGUCAGCAGGAUAUUUAAUGGUAUUGAAAUUGCAGUUAUACAAAUGUCAUGUGGGUUUGUAUAUUUGGCUGGGGUAGCUACGCCUAGGACAACAGCAUUCGAUGUGAUGACAGCAGUGUUUAAUGGGAGCCUAUUCUUAGAUUUGGGAAGACAAGACAUGAAUUAUAUGAACCGUUUUCUGUUUCUGCCAAGCACUGAAAAUAAAUUACGCCCAGCAAAGCUCAACUGUCCCAUUCCCCUCCUCAGAAGGAUGCAGCUUAUUCACUUACAAUCAUAAUUGCUCCUGUAUCUCACUGAAAAUAUGUACUUCACGUGCUGUAAACUUCUUGUGCAUGCAAAUUACUGAAAUAGUCCUUAAUGUGAUUCAUUCUUUGAAUUAAUAAGUCAUUUAUGUUUAUAAAUAAUGAUUCUUA